AUGGCUCCUGUCGCCGACGUCAAGCAUGCCGCCUCCGAACUCGAGCUCUCCAAGCUCAAGGAGAACCUCACCCUCAUGGCUACGUCCAAGAAGGAGCUCGAGCUGAUCAAGUCGGCUCCGGCGGCGCCCAAGCCCGGUAUGGCGCUGGUGCACGUGCGUGCCACGGGAGUGUGUGGUUCGGACGUGCACUUUUGGAAGCACGCCGGUCUGGGUCCGUGGAAGAUCGAGCACCAGUGUGCGCUCGGCCACGAGUCGGGCGGCAUCGUGGUGGCCGUCGGCGAGGGGGUUGACAACGUCAAGCCGGGCGACCGUGUUGCGAUCGAGCCGGGUGUGCCGUGCUUCAAGGCGACGUGCGACUACUGCCGUACGGGCAAGUACAACCUGUGUCCCACCGUCGACUUUUACAGUGUGCCGCCCAAGGACGGCACGCUCAAGCGCUACCACGAACACCCGGCCGGAUGGCUGCACAAGGUUCCGGACAACAUGUCGUACGAGGAGAUCGCGCUGCUCGAGCCGCUCUCGGUCACGCUCCAGGCCACGCUGCAGGCCGAGAUCUCGCUCGGCACACCUGUGCUCAUCACGGGCGCCGGGCCCAUCGGAAUCGUUCAGCUGCUCUGCGCAUCCGCUGCCGGCGCUACACCCAUCGUCAUCACCGACGUGGUUCAGGACCGUCUGGACUUUGCGCAAAAGAUCGUCCCCGGCACCUUCACCUACAAGGUGGACCCCAAGCUGUCGCCGCUCGAAUCGGCCACCGAGAUCUGCAAGGUCUUCUCGCGUGCUUCGGGCAAGCAUAUCGCCGAGGGCGAAAAGGACGUCCAGCCCGCUAUCACCAUGGAGUGCACGGGCAUCGAAUCGUCCGUCCAAACCGCCUCUUACGCCACCGCUGCCUCUGGGCUCGUCUUCGUGAUUGGUGUGGGCGCCAACUUCCAGCAGAUCCCCUUUAUGCAUCUGAGCACCAACGAGAUCACGCUCAAGUUCCUCUUCCGAUACAGGGAUACCUGGCCGCGCGCGAUUAGGCUCGUGUCGAGCGGAAAGAUCGACGUCAAGCAGAUCGUCACCUCGCGCUUCCCGCUCGAACAGGCCAAACAGGCAGUAGAACACGCUGCUGACAGGUCCAAGUUUAGCGUCAAGACCAUCAUCUACGACGACCAGGAGUAG